GACGUCGCUGCUCUUCUGAUAUUCACUUUAAGGGAGGAUACAAGAACAGCCAUGCUUUGCUUUCAUAAUGCUGUUGGACAGAGGCAUAGAGAGCAGCAGCUCAGCUGAAUCUGAUCAGCGGGCGGGAUCCACGGCACGGCGCUAUGGCGAUGCACUGCUGGAUGUUUUCAAGAAACCACAUACCCGCUAAUCUCGAUUCGUUUUGGAACAUUCUGCUAUAUUUCUUGUGAAAGACAAUAAAAGCAUUAACGUGCGCUCUGCAAUGGAUCCGUGGAGGAGAAGGCAGCUCUGUUUUGUCGUCCUCUCCGCUUUGUGGAUUCUCGCCUCUGCUGUAACAAGAUACUCCAUCCCUGAAGAAAUUCCAGUGGGCACCGUGAUCGCAAAUAUCGCCACGGAUUUGGGCCUUGAAGCGCACAGCCUGUUGGAAAGAAAGGUAAAGCUGGAUUAUAUUCACAGCAAAAAAUACCUAGAAAUAAACAAAGCCACUGGGGAACUGUAUAUCGCUGAGAAAAUUGACCGGGAGUAUUUAUGUCCAGCCAAAGCAUCAUCGUUUUGCUUUCUCAAGAUGGACGUGAUAAUUGAGAGUCCAAUACGCAUAUUUAAUAUCGAAUUGGAAAUUAUGGACAUCAAUGACAACGCGCCUCAGUUCAGAAGGGAGAGAAUACAACUCGAUGUUUCGGAAUCAGCAACACCUGGAGAGAGAUUUUCUAUAACAAACGCGGUGGAUGCAGAUGUUGGAGAGAACUCAAUCGAGACCUAUUAUCUGAGUGACAGUGACGCGUUUACUAUCGAAAUCCAGUCUGGAAGUGACGGGACCAAAUAUGUAGACCUGGUGCUAAAAGCAAGUUUGGACAGAGAAAAACAAGCCGUUCAUACGCUAACCCUCACAGCCGUGGACGGAGGCGUCCCUGCGCGCUCAGGUACGGCCAGCAUUAUCGUUCAAGUGCUGGACACCAAUGACAACGCCCCUCGGUUUGAUCGACAAGUCUACUCGGUUGAUCUAAUUGAAAACGCACCAAUCGGGACACUGAUUAUGCAGCUGAAUGCAACGGAUUUAGAUGAGGGUGUCAAUGCGGAGGUCGUCUACUCUUUCACUUUAUACACAUCUGAGAAUACACAAGAAAAGUUUUCUUUGGAUCCCAGCAGUGGAGAAAUAAGAGUUAAAGAUAUGAUUGAUUUUGAAGAAGUGAAGAGCUUUGAGAUAUAUGUUGAAGCCAAGGAUAAGGCCGUGAAUCCACUUUCUGGACAGUGUAAAAUUUUAGUGUUCAUCACUGAUCUAAACGAUAACCAUCCUGAGAUUACAAUAACAUCUAAUCAGUGUUCGAUUAAAGAGAAUGAACCUGUAGGAACAGUGAUCGCUGUCAUCAGUGUGAGCGACAGGGACUCUGGGGAUAAUGGUAAGGUUGUUCUUUCCAUCCACAAUGCUCCAUCCACAAUAUUACCAUUUGCUCUUAAUAAGUCAUCUGAAGACUUUUUUCAGUUAACAGUCACAGAAUCACUUGACCGCGAGGUCAAAAACAGUUAUGAUAUCACGCUUCAUGUGACUGACAGAGGAACCCCUCCUUUGACCAAUAAUAAAACAAUCAGUCUUACAAUUCAAGAUGUCAAUGAUAACGCCCCAGCGUUCCCUCAGUCCCUUUAUACCAUUCAUCUUAUGGAAAACAACGAACCCGGGAUGUUGAUUGCCUCUUUAACUGCCCAUGACCCAGACUUGCACGAAAAUCAGUAUCUUGUUUACUUCAUCAUUGAAAAGGAGAUCGCCAACACGACAAUGUCCAUGCUGUUUUCCAUCAAUCCCGAGAAUGGCAACCUUUAUGCUUUACACACGUUUGACUACGAAAGAGAGAAGGAGUUUCUGUUUCACAUCGAAGCUAGAGAUUCUGGACUCCCUCCUCUUAGCAGUAACGUGACUGUACACAUCAUCAUCCUGGACCAAAAUGACAACACGCCAAUCAUAGUUUCUCCAUGGCGUCCGCAAGGUGCUGUUAUAGAAGAGGUAAUCCCAAGGUCGAGCGAUAAAGGAUCCCUGGUAACCAAGGUCAUUGCGAUGGAUGCCGACUCGAUGCAGAACUCUCGUAUUACUUAUCAGUUCCUCCAGAUCACAGACUCCACGCUCUUCAGCCUCGACCAGUACAACGGUGAGAUAAGAACCACUCGCAUGUUCAGUUACAGAGACCCCAGACAUCAGCACCUGGUCAUCAUAGCCAGAGACAACGGAGACCCUCCUCGCUCCGCCACGGUGACCAUCAAGAUCACCACGGUGGAGCAAGUGGUCACGCAGUUUACUGAAACCACAGAGGUGCCUAUUGAAUACGACCUGUUCACCGAUCUCAACCUGUAUUUGCUGAUCGGUUUGGGGUCAGUGUUGUUUCUUCUGCUCAUUACCAUCCUGGUGAUCAUCGUGGUGAAAUGUCAAGAACCGAAACCCUCACAAGCGGAACCUCAGGGUAGGAACAGUGUCAGCAGCCAGAGGAACUCCUCCACCAUUGCUGACUCUACUCUCAUCUCUAGUGAUGCCUACUGGUACAGUCUGUUUCUGGCAGAGACUAGAAAAGGGAAUGUGGUGGUGCGGCAGCCCCUUCCCAACGGAGCAGGGUUCAUUGUGUCAAGCAUCCCAGGAAGUGCUGCGCUGACUGAGACCAGUGCUUCACGGUCUUCCACUUUACAGGAGUCAAGCAGUGAUUUACCCUGAUCUGGACAUGCUGACUGAUGGAUUACAACCUUCCACACCAGGCUCACUGUCCAUGAGAUACAGAUUGAUCUUCUGUUUUACUGAUUUUCAGGGUUUCAUUCGAUUCAAGACUGUGAAGAAUCAAAGUUUUCACCUCUGUGUAUAGCUUCAAGAGAGCAUUUUAACAUGCUUUCAUAUUUUGUAUUAAUUCCUAUAAUUUAUAAUUUCAUUUUUAUUUUUUCAUUUAUAUUACUUAUUAUUUUCCAUGCUCUUGCAAUACUUGUGUCAGACUAGGCAUAAUGAAAGACACAACUCAGAUUGUUCAUUUACUUCUGUUGAGUUAUUUUGACCAUCGCUUCUUCUUCCACUUCGUUUUCUUCGUGUAGCCCUUUUGGCUAAUAGAAGAAUUCACUUUCAAUUGACAUUUUGGAUAUCAAGAACAACAUUGUAUGAGAGAGAGAUUCAGUGCAGCUUUGUGGCGAUUUAAGGCUGGGUCUAACAACUUUAUAUCAGCCACUUGUAACCACAUUGAGCAUGACUUUGCAUGGCUAACACAAACAAGAUGGCCUUUUUGUAUCUAAAAAGACUUCUAAAUAGACUAGUACAGAGGAAAGAGAGAAGUGAUACUUCACGACUACAAGAAGAACUGUACUGUCUGGUUCUAUGAACUAUAAGAUAGCUGGUAAAGAGAAAGAAGGUCAAGAUUGUUCAGAUAUUGAAGAUGCUCUGUUUUCACAUUGAUAAAAUGUGCUGAUGAGAAAGCUGUGAUUGGAUGAGCACAAUAUAAUGAGCCAGGCAUUGUCUUUACCUCAAAACACCUGGUUUGCCAGCUAUGUGGUGCACAUGCAUACAUAGAUUCAUGUUUAUUUUUAUCCUGUCUAACAAAUUCCAUAAACGCCUAAAACUGAUUUUCUCUGGCAAGAGCAUUUAAAUAAAUUAAUAAUAAUAAUAAUUCAAGUACUGUACACUAUUUGAAAUCCUAGGCAAACCCUAUAAAGAGUAAUAUUCACAUGAAUGACACUUUACAAUAAGGUUUAAUUUGUAUAUAUUAGUUAACAUUAACAGUGAAAAUACUUCUACAGCAUUUAUUAAUCUUAGUU